GCGACCUCGUCGUUAUCUGAGUCUUCACCAGCACAUCGAGAGAGACAGAGAGAGAAGCAGCUGACAGGACGACUCAGGAGAAAUUUGCUCCCUCAUUUGUUGUUUCACAUAACAGAGCAAAUAUGCAGUGGAGUCUGUUUGUGCUCAUUCUGAUGGGUCAGUGUUCCUUCUUCACAUGUCACCUCUAUGAGUACCACUUCAUUCAAGAAAAUAGGUCCUGGGAUGAUGCCCAGAGUUAUUGCACAGAGAAAUACACUGACCUGGCCACAGUGUCUAACAUGAGAGACGUGGAGAGACUGACUAACCCUCCACAGACAGGCGCCUGGAUUGGACUGAGGAGCAUCAAUGAAGCAGAUAUUAAAGAGUGGCACUGGUCUCUGCCGGGAGAGAAGUACAAUCCUACAGAAUGUGAACCAGAAUGGGGUCCAGAUGAGCCGAACAAUGGAGGUAACCAUCCUAAGAACUGUGUGAAGAUUAAACUCUCCCAAAAAUGGCACAAUGUCCGUUGUUCUCACAGACUUAACUUUAUCUGCUACAAUGAAACAGUGCCACAGAAAUACUUUUUAAUUGUUGAUCCAAAGUACUGGCUUCAGGCUCAGAGUCACUGCAGAAAACAUCACACUGACCUGGUCAGUGGACUCACAGAGAUCAGAUCAGAAGAAUUCAAGAGCAUUACCAAAGAAUUCAACCACAACCACCUGUGGAUCGGCCUGUUCAGAGACACCUGGAGUUGGUCAGAUGGGAAGAAUGUCUCUUUCAGACACUGGGAUCCGGUCUUAUUUAAAGACGAAGCCUUAAAGACAUGUGCUAUGACUACGAAAAAUGGAAAAUGGAAUUCAGACAAAUGCACAGUUAAAAAACCCUUCUACUGCUAUGACGACAAAGUGAUCCUGAUCAAUGAGAGUAAGACUUGGGAUGAGGCCUUGGAUUACUGCAGAGCGAACCACAGUGACCUGGUCUCCAUCACUGACAGUCACCAGCAGAGAUGGGUCGAAAAGAAAGCCAAGAUGGCCGACACUGAGUUCGUCUGGCUGGGAAUGCGCUACACCUGCACUCUGGAUCUGUGGUUCUGGGUCAGUGAUCGUCUGGUCUGCUAUCACAACUGGGCCCAACAAGAAAAGACUGAGGGUUGUGACAGGGCUACAGCCAUGGAGACAGAUGGAAAGUGGUACAAAAAGGCUGACAAUGAAAAGUUUAAUUUCAUCUGUGUUAAGUAAACCCAUUGGUAUAUUUACUGCAACAAGCUUACUCUUCUCUAAUAUGUAUCUGCUCUCUGGGUUUAUUGAAUGGCUCUAGUUCAAAUAUAGAAAUCACAACCUGAAGAAGGGAGAAACUAAAUUACUAACGGAUUACUAAUUGAGGAUUAGAAAUUGAGAAAAAGGGGCGACACUACAUUUAACAUGUUUUUGUCUCUGUGAACAUCUGAAUUACUUUAUUAUAUGUUUUUGUUGUAGGAGUUAUUCAUAUAGUACAUGUUUAUUUAUCCUCUUAAAGUGUGAAACUUGUAAUCUUCAUUUGAAUUGUCAAAAAAUAUAUAAAACGACAAAUCUAUAAUGUUUUGCUUUUCAUAAAUAUGUUACGUAAUGGUUGAAAUGUGGUGAUGGUUAUAAUAUGUGUAUCACUAUUUUUGUCAUAUUUACCUUUAUGGAGUUUUAACUGGAUGUUUAACUGUCUAAAGCUGAAUAAACGAUCUG